CGCAACACUCUGGGGGAUUCGCUCGUGCCAUUCCGGCCAGAAUGAUGGCCAAACGGCAACGAGCAGCGACGUCGAGAUCACGAACAGGAUGUCAUACCUGCAAAAUCCGACACAUCAAAUGCGACGAGCAAAAGCCCGAACGUCACCAGUGCAAGAGAACAGGGAGAAAGUGCGAUGGAUAUAGUCAACAGCGCCCGCGAAAUGACGUCGAACCAACCAGGAAACCAAAGAUAAGCGCCGACCAUCGGAUCGUAAGAGAGGAACGGCACUACUUAUACUUUUUCAACAUGCAGACAGCCCAGGCGCUAUCCGGGGUUUUUGACUCGGCCCUCUGGAGACGUCAGAUUCCACAGCUGAGCGAGUGCGAGCCUGUCGUUAGACAUGCCCCUGCGGCUGUCAGUGCGGCCCAUGAGCGCGCACUCGCGCUGCAACGAGAUCCGUCGACACGACGGAUCAGCAAUGAGAGGUUUAUUGUGUAUCAAUAUAACGAAGCGAUUCAGCAUUUGAGGAGUUAUCUCGCUUCUUCAGGCGGAAAGCCGGACUUGAUGCUCAUCACAUGCUUUCUGUUCGUAUGUCUCGAGAUGCUGAACGGUAAUAUGAGACAAGCCCUGGACCACCUCGAGGCAGGACUGAAGAUCAUUCAAGGAACAACAGACCAGCAAUCUCCAUCCACUCAGUCAAAUGAGACUGACAGAGAGCUGUUUCAUCUCAGCCUUCGAUUGAACAUCCAACUCGCAAUAAAUGAACGCCCUAUGGUGGCUUUGAACCUUGAGUCCAUGUUUUCUGAAGAGAAAUUGACAGAUGAACUCAUGAACAGGACACUCAUGUUCAUCCGCGUUGCAGGGAAUGAGCGCACUGGUCGCGCACACUUGGAAUCCCAGCAGCUGCAGCUCAGGCAAGCAUUUGAGACAUGGAAUAGGGCGUUCAAUUGCCUCACAACCAAAUCCAGGAGUACUGCAAAAGAAGAUCCCAGGGGGCCGCUGCUCCUUCGCAUGUUGUAUCUUGACACAUGGAUAUGGAUGAAUACGUGCCUGUCCCAAAAUCAGACGGCUUUUGACAGUUACACUCCUGCUUUCGCGGAAAUUAUCCACUGUGUAACCCAAGUGAUUGAACUUGAUGCUGCUGUCGACUACAAAUCAACCAAACGUGCCCCAGACAUUUUCACUUUGGAAACCGGUAUCAUCACAUGUUUGUACUAUGUAGCAACUGGGCGUCGUGAACCGACAAUCCGCCGGGAGGCCAUCCGGCUUCUGGGUCUAUGUACCAACCAAGAGGGCCUGUGGGAAAAGCGUGUUGUCAUGAAGACCGCUCAACUGGUCAUGGACCUGGAAGAAGAAAAUCUGUCCUCUCUUCCCGGUGAUAAUAUACGAUGUACUCGCCAGGUAGAAUUGCUAUCGAAACCUAACGGGCCAGACGGGGCAUGGUACACCAGAGUCCAUUUUGUGGAAUAA